UUCAUUAUGUUCUUCUCUGCCCCUCUAUUUUCUCUCUCAAAAACUCCUCUGAUUCAAUCCUUUUUUUUUUUUUUUUAAUUCAAUCAUGGUAUCAGAGCUCCAUGAGACUUACGUCACCACUCCUACCAUGUCCACCACUACAACUGCAACCAUAACUACGAAUCCAGCAAUGGCGUCUUCCUUUUUUAUUAAUCUCAACUUCACUCUGUCGAUCAAGUUGGAAAGAGGAAUGAAACCUUGCCCGAAUGAGUUUAUCAACGUUGCAGGUGAUUCAUUUGGCCUUAAUCAAAUGGUAAAUCAAAUGGCAAAGACAAGAUCAGUUGAUCCUUGGGUGGAUGAUUGCUUCAAUGUCAGAAGGUGUUGUUGGUCAGAUUGUAGGUUGUACCACUUCUUAGCAAGUCUGAGCAGCUCUGGAGCAUCUUUUUGCCUCACCUUUGAAGGCAAGAUUACUUCAGUUGUGAAUAGAAAUGCAGACAACCAAGAAAGGCUCUCUCUCAAUGAUUGAUUACAUUAGCAAAAUGAAGUCUAUUGUAGAUAAUCUAAUAGCAUCUAGAGCACCUCUUACUGAUGAAAAUCUUAUAAUGAAUUUGUAGACUGGUGUUAGAGUAGAAUAUGAUCCAGUAUUUGUCAUUAUUGCAACACGACCAGAACUCUUCACUCUAUCAGAAGUGUGUGCACUGUUGCAGAAUCAUGAAACCCGUAUUAAGCAACUGAAUUCUUGCACACAAAUUGUCUCCAAAAUGUCUCUGCUAAUUUUACAGUAGGUGGUUCU